AAAUGCUUUUUAAAUUUAAAAUUCUAUAUUUAUUGUUCACAAACAGUUCAAAAUUCUAUAUUUUGUUUUAGUUGUCAGCACAGUUUCUAAUUGUCAUUUGUGUAAAUCCUUAGCCAUAGUUUAUUUUUACUGGAAAAUAAAGGUGUCAAACUGACAAGCAGUUCUGCAAUCAUUAUACAUUGUUUUCAGUCAUAGACUCAUUAUUUCCUUUUGUUUUGUUUCUUGUGCAAUACAAUCAGAAUCAUUAUAAUUUGGAUGCUUUAGUCACAUCUGAUUGAUCAUGGCAAACAUUUUUAAUUUUAUAGACUAACUAGAGUUUGGAUGUGUUAAACUGUAUUAUAGUACUUGUUAUGGCCUCGAAUUUUGAUUGUCAUAUUGGAUUUCUUUCUUUUUGUCAUAAUACUUCUCUUUGGGUUUAUUUUUUGACAGUGAUUAGUAUGAACUAUUCUUGGAAGUUUAUGUGAAGAAGUUUUCUGAAUGACUGCCUCGGGAUCAUCAGAUUAUACCUAUCGUGUCUUCCUAAGCUUUAGUGGUGAUGAUACUGGGAAGAAUUUUAGCGAUCACCUUUAUGCAGCUUUGGAGCAUUCAGGAAUUCAUACAUUCAGAGAUCCUAACCAAGUCUGGGAACAGUCUGGGAGUUACGCAAAAGCAUUUGCUAUACAUGAAGAGAUGGAGGAGAUGGAAAAGGUGCAGAGAUGGAGGGCAGUGCUUAGAGAGAUUACAGAUUUGAGUGGGAUGGACUUGCAACAGAGGCAUGAGGCAGAAUUUAUCCAAGAUAUUGUCAAACUGGUUGAGAACAGGCUGAAUGAAUCGGUAUCGAUGCAUGUUCCGUCCUUUUUAGUUGGAAUAGAUUCUCGUGUGAAAGAUAUUAACUUGUGGUUACAGAAUGGGUCUACUGAUCCUGGCAUAGCAAUAAUCUAUGGUAUUGGUGGUGUUGGGAAGACAACCAUAGCCAAGACUGUUUAUAACCUAAAUUUAGAUAGGUUUAAAGGCAGCUGCUUUCUUGCAAAUGUUAGGAAAGCUUCAAAGGAACCUAAUGGUUUGAUUUUCUUGCAAAAACAACUUGUUGAAAAGUUUCGAAAUGGAAAGGAGAACAAAAUAGAUAGUGUGGAUGAAGGAAGCAUUAAGGUCAUAGAUGUGAUAAGCUGCAAAAGAGUUCUUAUUGUUCUUGACGAUGUGGAUGAACUGGACCAAUUGAAUGCAUUUAUUGGAACGUGGAAUUCGCUUUUUCAGGGAAGUAAGAUUAUUGUGACAACCAGACAUGAGCGUCUUCUUAAUCCGCAUGACACUCAGAAGAAGUUCAGAGUUAAGGAACUGGAUGAUAACGAGUCACUUCAGCUCUUCAGUUGGCACGCCUUUCGACAAAAUCAUCCUAUUGAAGGCUACAAAGAGCAUUCGGAGAGUGUAGUAAAGCACUGUUGUGGGGUUCCAUUAGCUCUUGAAGUUUUGGGUUCUUAUCUAUCUGACAAAAUGGCAGAUGAAUGGGAAAGCGAAUUAGAGAAGUUAAAAGCAAUUCCUCAUCCCAAAAUUCAGAAGAGCCUCCAAAUAAGCUAUGAUUCUUUACAGGAUGAUAAAUACAAAAACUUAUUUCUUCACAUAGCUUGUUUCUUCACUGGAAGAGAUAAAGAUUAUGUAGUUAAAGUUCUGGACGGCUGCGAGUUGUAUGCAAAAGUUGGAAUUCAGAAUCUCAUUGAUCGACAUCUUGUUACUAUCAACAAGGACAACAAACUAAUGAUGCAUCCUUUGCUUAGAGACAUGGGGAGGGAAAUUGUUCGUCAAGAAUCACCUGAGCAUCCAGGAUCACGUAGCCGACUAUGGCAUCACGAGGACACAUUGACUGUCUUGCGAGAAAAUAUUCAGGGCACAGAAGCAAUUAGAGGCCUCACUCUCGAUCUGCAAAUAAUUAUGCAAGAGCAGCAGCAUUCGAUUUCUUGUAUUAAUUGUGCAAAACGGCAACAUUAUGAAGACUUGAUUUCCAAAUACAGGGAGAAACGGAGUCGUCUUGGCUUCUUCUCCUGGCAACCAGCAGAGGUGGGCCUGAUACCUCCAUUUCCCAUGUCAAAUGAAGUAGUUUUUGAAACAAAGGCAUUUGCAAAGAUGCGACAAUUAAAGCUGCUCCAGCUCAAUUAUGUAAAACUUGAUGGAAGAUAUGAGCAUUUUCCUAGAAAUUUAAUAUGGCUGUGUUGGCAUGGGUUCCCUGUGAAAUCUAUUCCAUUGAAAUUAUGCUUGGAGAAUCUUGUGGUUCUUGACAUGCGUUAUAGCAAUCUAAAACAUGCUUGGAUUGGAGCCAGGGGUCUUAAACAAUUGAAAAUCCUUGAUUUUAGCCAUUCCUAUGGUCUUGUCAGCACCCCUGACCUCUCAGGGCUGCCUAAUCUUGAAAGACUGAAGCUGAAAAGUUGCAUAAAUUUGGUUGAGGUUCAUAAAUCUAUUGAAAACCUUGAGAAACUUGUCCUCUUAAACUUGAAAGAUUGCAAAAGGCUCAGGAAGCUUCCAAGAAAAAUAGUCUUGUUGAGAUCACUAGAGAAACUUAUUCUUUCCGGUUGCUCAGAACUAGAUAAGCUGUCCAGUGAACUUAGAAAAAUGGAAUCUCUGAAGGUGCUUCAUAUGGAUGGUUUCAAACAUUAUACAGCGAAAUCGCGGCAGUUAACCUUCUGGUCAUGGUUAUCACGGAGGCAAGGCAUGGACUCCUCCUUAGCAUUGACUUUUCUACCUUGCUCCUUAGAUCAUCUAAGUCUUGCAGAUUGCGAUCUAUCAGAUGAUACUGUCGACCUCAGUUGUCUCUCGUCCUUGAAAUGCUUAAAUUUAAGUGGAAACUCAAUUUCUUGCCUACCCAAAACCAUCAGCGGCCUCACUAAACUUGAGUCCCUUGUACUGGAUAACUGCAGAAGUCUCCAAUCACUUUCUGAACUUCCAGCGAGUUUAAGGGAAUUGAAUGCAGAAAAUUGCACAUCAUUAGAAAGAAUUGCAAAUCUACCGAACUUGAUGACAUCAUUGAGGUUGAACCUUGCCGGCUGCGAACAAUUAGUUGAGGUUCAAGGCUUCUUCAAGCUAGAACCAAUAAACAACCACGACAAGGAAAUGGCCAAUAUGUUGGGUUUGUUUAACUUGGGACCUGUGGAAACCAUUAAAGUCGAAAUGUUUAGUGUGAUGACGAUGACGUCAAGAAUCACUCCUCCUAAGGUUUUACAUGAAUGUGGCAUAUGUAGCAUUUUUCUUCCUGGAAGUGAGGUUCCAGGCUGGUACAGCCCUCAAAAUGAGGGGCCAUUGAUAUCUUUUACCAUGCCCCCAUCUCAUGUUCGAAAGGUCUGUGGCUUAAAUAUAUGCAUUGUUUAUACAUGCAAUGAUGUAAGAAAUGGAUUGACUGAUCAUCAUUACAUUAAGAUCUGGAAUAAAACCAAGGAUCUAAAGUGGACCUAUAGCCCAAUAUUUUAUGGAAUUCCUGAACCAGAAAAGAGUAUGUUAUGGUUAAGCCACUGGAAGUUAGAAGAUCUGCUGGAAGGUGGGGAUCAACUGAAUGUUUCAGCGGUCAUGUCAACUGGUUAUCAGGCAAAAAAUAUUCGCAUCCAUCUGGUGUAUGACCAGGAGAAUGAGGAGACAGAACUGAAUAGUGAAGAAACUGAGGAAAAUGCGUCUUUCUGGCACCGAAAUUGCAGCAACGUGGAUGUGGAGAUGUACAGGGUAGGAAGGGAUGCAUUUUUCCUUUGCAAUUAUGAUUAUUUAAUUCAUCAAGAAAUAUCAGAAAAUGGUUUUGGUAAUUUAAUGGAGUACAGCCAUUUAUUUGAGCAAUAAGCAGACAUUAUAGACUAGCAGUUUCACAUCCAAUUUAUUUGUUUGAGAUGUAAAGCGAGCAGUUUACUUAUGAUCCAAUUCAUGGUUUAAGCGCUCUAUUUCUUUUGGUAUAUUAAGUAUUAACGGUACUUCUCUUUGCCAAAUUAGUUGAAAGUUACUGCAGGAAUUCAUUCUGUAAGAACCUGGAAAAUUGAGCAUAAGUUCUAUGGAUCAAUACUCAAUAGCAAUGAAAUGUGGAAAGAAUAAAAUGACCCCGGUAGGGAAAGAAUAUCUUCUGGUUUA